AAAAUGAAAUUACGCAAAAUAAUUUUCAAAAAUUAUAAAAAAUAGAACAAAACAAGAAAUAAAAAAAAAAUUAUUUAAGUAAGAAUUUUAAGAAAAAAAUUUAUUUAGCUACAAAUUAACAAGUCUAAUUAAGAAAAAAAAAAUUUAAUUAAAAAAAAAAAAUAUAAAUUGGUGUUACAUAAAAUCAAUGUAUAAUUUGCGUUGAAUAAUAUAUAAAAAUAAUAAAAUAAAAAGCAAAUACAUUUAAUAAGAUAAAAUAUUAAAAAAUAGUUAUUAAAUGAAAAACCGAGCAACUUAAAAAACUUAAUUUAAUCGUGGUAUAAAAAAAUCUGUAACUGUAUUAGCUGAACACAAACAACAUAUUUGCUGUUACGCUAGUGCAAGUAUUUGUUAGUAAAUAAUCCUAAAAGUACAUAGUUAAAACAGCACUAAAAAUUAGCUACAAAUUGAGUAAAUGCCAGCACUAUGCGGUAGCUUAUAUAACGAUAAAUAACGACCACUUAACGGCAAUAUUAAAUAUUAAAUAGUAACCAAUGACUACUACAAAUUUAAUUGUGCUUUAAUGUGGUGCUUAAGUGGAGAACACAAAAGCGGUCAAUAAUAAUAACAAUUAUGUCACAAAUAUUAACGAAAUGUGAAAAAUAGAAAAUGCAAGUAAACGCUAAACAAGACGAACAGUUGAAACGUCGACAAAUCUUCGCGGAAACUCUAAACUAGAAAAUACAAAAUAUCUCAGCAACAUUGAGUGCUUGAACGAAUCUCGAAGUUAUAACCGUUAAUGACACAUAAACCGUUAAUUACCGUGCAUAGACACUUCCGAAGCAAAAGCUUGCGCUCGGCUGAAAUGCCAAAAGAAAAUCAGGCAGCCAAAUGGAUUUUCGUAACGUUGAAAACAACAAUAAAAGACCUAACAAACAGCAAAAACAUCGAACGCGGUUAAAGUGGCUGAAGCUCAGAUAAGUCAUAAAAAAUUCAGAAUUCAUAAGACAACCGUUAAGGAGGAUGCUCCUUUGCGCCAAGCGCAGACAAUGUACACAAUUUAAUAAAGUGGAAAAUAUAUGAAGUGAACAUAACGGUGGUAAUUAGCGAAACCGUUAAUUGCUUGAAGCGAAAAAUAAAACAAUAACAACAACAGCAACCACAAUAUAGUAGUAGUCAAAGAACAUCUUCCGUUUGUAGAGGCGAAAGUGCAGCCAACGUCUAUGGAAAUCCAAUUGCAAAGACUUAGACCAACAUUGCAACAACAACAACAGAAACAACCACAACCAUACCGACUGCAGUCAAGACAGUUAGAAUACACCAGCAAACAACAGAAAUACAAACAACAAAAGCAAAAACUCCAACUAGUACAACUGCAACAACAACGACAGUCUCAACCACAACCACAGCCACAGCCAGGAGCAGCCGUACCACAGAGCGCGAACUCACGCUGUAGUUGUUGUAGUUAUAAUGACGAAAUUAGUUAUAUGCCUUCUAUUUUUCGGACUAUUCGCCAUCCAAACGGUCGGCCACAUGAACAGUGACCCAGCGCCAGGUCGCUCGCCUGGACCACCUCCCGCCCGACGAAGUCUCGCCGCAGCUGCACUGCCACCCGUUGUGCACAACGCGAGUGCGGCAAAUGAUGCUAUUAUCAAGACCAACACAGUGACUGCACCGGCUCCUGCAUCCGUUACUCUCACCACAACGGCGAUACAAAGCGAGAGCCACAACAACAAUGGGGGUACUGGGCAGUAUGCCGCGCACACCGCGGUCGACCGCAAUUACGGCAAUAAUAGUAACAAUAACAAAGAUGGGAACGCGGUUCAGAGCAGCAGCAACAGCAAUAAUGGCAACACCAACAUCAACACUAACAACAACAACGAACAACAAUUAGUUUCCCGUAACACAGAGUUAACCAACACCGACGAGAUUAACAUCAAUUUAAGCAAAUUACCCUCGAGCAGUGACGGCAGUACCGCUGCGGCGGCGACGACGGUGUCCGAUUCCACUUUAGGCCGCACCGCCGAGCACUACACAUAUGAUAAUUUGGCGCACAUGGCGUCGGCGCGUGUGGCAAAUGGCGGAGAACUCUCGAGCAGUUCUGCUACAGGUGCCGCCGCGGCCGCUGAAGCGCUAAUUGCGCAGCAAACAAAAACGAACACCAUCGGCAGCAACACUAGAAGCUGUCAUGAUGGCUUCAGCGAUUUCCUCAACGAUGUGGUCGACGUGGAGGAGGAGGAGCAGCCGGAGACGAAUGGCGCGGAUGCUUUCGAUGGUCGCGCACCGGUGGGUGGUCAUAUGGGACAUCAUUUGUUUAUCGAUUUGCGGCUGGAGCAUCAUGUCUUCGAAACGUCAGCGGUCGGUAUCAAUUGUGGGCUGAUGUAUCAAGUGCGUCUGAUGACAUACGCCAAGCCAACAACGCCCCAGGCAGCGGCCGGCCGUACGACACGAGCCGAUGCUGAUGCCGUUGCCGCACAAGCGCAACCAUUAGGCGGCUCCGCCUUUGUAGAAGCCAACACCACCGCAGAGAAUACGAGUACAAAAGCGAAAGUGAAUAGUCAGGAAGACAUGAGGGACCGCAGCAAUAUGGCUAAUUUCGGCAAUGACAAUGACAGCGGCCCUGACGGUGUUGGUGAUGGCAACAAGCUGCAUUACACGGGGGAAUUUUUCGUGGAAACACUCUCGACAUUAAGCGGCCGCGAACGUGGCAGUUUUGUUGAUCACCAUUCAGCAGCGGCGGCGAGCAACAAGUUGCCAAUUUCAUGGUUCAGUUCACUUCAGCGCAACGACGCCAGCCAUAACGGUGAUGAUGCGAACGUCGACGACAACGACGAUGAUGAUGACAGUCGGGAUUUCGAGGCGGAAAAAAAUGAUUUCAACUCGGCCCCAACGGCGUCGGAUGAGCAAAAUUUCGCUUUCGGUCAUAAUUACGAUGCCAUUGGCAGUGGCCAUGGCCACUUUCAGCAGCAACAUCAGCAGAUGUUUGCCACCAAGUGGUUGCAACAAAGUUGGGAUAAGGCAACUAAUCGACGGUCACAGAAUAACAACAGUAGUCGGAGUGCUAGAAAAAUGUGUCCAGAAAAUAAAUGGCAUGGUAGCGCGAAAAGUCAACAACAACAACACAAAGGAGGAGACCGUGACUCGAGCAGCACCGGUAGCAAUGAAUAUCAAGCACGACACCGCGCAUCGGGUGUGGGGAGUGGAAGUGGCAGUGCACGCGAUGACAACAGCGCCAGCGGAAAUGAGGUGCACACGGAGUCUUUGGGCUUCUGGAUGUUAAAUGAACUAUGCGAACAGGAUGAUACCAUCGAAUUCAGAGUGUUUUUUCGUGCGACUUUUGAGAGUGACAGUGCUGGGGACACAAAAAGUAGUAGUAACAACAACAACAACAUAAACAAUGCCAACGGCAGUAGUUACAGCAGUAACACGAACAACAACAAUGGCAACAACAACAACAUGAAAGUCGACGCACAACAUGUGGUGUUCAAAAAAACUUUUAAAUUUCAACUACGCAAAGACUGCCAAUUGCUGUUGCGUGAAGUCAACAGAGGCCACUUGGACUACACAGCACUUCCAUUGUACAGCAACGAUUGUACCGUACAUUUCCCUCCGUAUCGACUCUUUGAGACUGAACACAACCACAACAACAACAACAACAACCCAAGUGGGACUGCGAAUGCCGCCACUGGCGAUAUCCCACCGGCUGGUAUACUCGUCGAGCUCCAACGACUGAAUGUGCCAUGCAACAGUGGCGGAUUCAUACGCUUCAACGAGCGUACGCGCUUGUGCGGCAAACUGGAAGAGCUGAAUGCCGCCGAUCGCAGCUAUCACUUCGAUGUGCGCAGCCAAACCACAGUACACUUCCAUAAAAGUCCAAUGUUCAGCCUCAGCUAUAAGCUCGUGGACUAUUGUUACAACCUAACGACGAGCAAUCAAAGCGGCGAGUAUUAUGUGCGACCGAGUAUGCGUGAUGCGGUCGAGUGUUACUUUCGUAUACACCUGCCGUAUGGCAAUCGCAUCAGUCUAACGCUCGUGACGAACAACGACAGCGCGAUUCUGCAGCCGAAUGAUGGCAUACAACUAAAUGCCGCCGGCGAACAAGACACGUUCAAUAUCUACACCACCGAAGGUUUACAAAUCGAGACACAGCGCAUAAAUUUGACAGCGCUGAGCGGCAGUAGUGGGACGAGUAAAAAGGGUGGCGUUGCAACGUCGGUCUUCAGACGCGCCGAACCCAAAGCGGCGGCGAGAACGCAAGCGCAAGAGCAGAGCGCAUACACUUUGCGUGCGUAUAAUGCCUCGCGUGAGCACGUCAACAAGCGUUCCACAAGUUCGCUGGACGGUUUCCUCAGAAUUAUGGAGAGCAAAAUCAAAGAGUUCAGCUUCGCUGCGAGCGGCAUGUCACUACAGGGCGCGGGUGAAAUCUCUAACUGUGAUGGUGUUAUAGUGAAAAUAUUCGAAAGCGAUAACGCACGUUGGUCUUAUUGCAUAAACGAUACUAAUCGCAUGCAAGCCUUCAUUCUAACCUCAACUGGCAAUACACUGAAUAUACAUCUAUACAAAGCGACGCGCUUAAAUUACAACAACCAUAUACCGCUUAUGUUAGACACAAUGCCGGGUUUUGCCGACCACAACACCCCCAUUACCUCACUGCCCACAGUUUAUCUGUCGUAUGCGGCGCAACCCAUACCAGAACUCGUCGCCAGCUGCGACUUCGGUUGGGUCGCUAUGCAACAGUUUUGCAUAAAUGCCAUCGAAGUGGCCAUGUCGUGGCCCGAUGCGGAAGAGCAUUGUGUAAACUUGGGCGGUCACUUGGCUUCCGUACGCAAUGAGCAACAACAACAAAUCAUACAUGAAAUCCUUUUUCGCAGCCCCGGCUAUGAUGAUCAGAAUGCCUAUUGGGUCGGCGGCUCGGAUAGCAGCUAUGAGGGCGACUUUCGCUGGAGCGAUGGACUGCUGUUCCAGUACACAAACUGGUUUCCGGGUUGGACGGAACACAGUCACUACAAUAAGCAACCUAAUGAUGAUGGUCUCAGCAGUCAAGACUGUAUCGAAUUGCGUCGCUUUUUUCGCACACCACCGGGUAUACAAACGAAUCGCAGUCCAUUGACGAGCUCAUUUAUGUGGAAUGAUCGCGAUUGCAGUGCGAAAAACUUUCUAAUCUGUGAGCGACCGAUGAGUGAUGAUUCCUUGAGACGUAGUUGGAUAAACGACUGCAAUAAGACUGUCUCCUUGACCAAGGAGCAUCCGCGUGCCUCCAUUUGGAGUCCAUCGUUUCCGCGACAAUAUCCCGAUAAUGCAAAUUGUUUUACAACAAUAACAGCGCCAACGGGCUAUCGUGUUGUCAUCGAAUUCGAAGAGCUGGUGAUCGAGAAUGAAGCGGGUUGUACCUAUGACUAUUUGGAAAUUACCGAACCGACGCACUACGAUAAUUUCAAAACUACAAAAUCUUCCAAAAACAAAAACACAUUAAAUAUAAAUAAUAGUAGUAAAAGUAAUUUAAAUAUAAAUAAAACAUUUCGAAAGCGAAGUUCUUAUGAGAAACCUAGCCUUAGUUCAUCGUAUACUAUGCCUACGUCUACAUCUACAACUACAUAUACAUCUAGUAAUACUAAUGCGAACGCUUAUUCUAAUACUUAUACAAAUUAUGCUAGUACGAAUGCUGUAAAUAAUAUAAAUACGAAUGUGAAUACGAACUACAACACCAACACCAACCCCAACUACAAUAACAACUACUUGUAUUCGAAUAGUUACAACAACUACAAUCUCGCGCAAACGAAUUACCAAAAACUCCUACACAUCUUCUCGAGUCUCUAUCGUCCGCACACGAAUUACCUAAUACAAACACCCGAUUAUCCACAUGGCAAUCCCAAUUAUCCAACGAAUCAUCACAAUCGUUUGCGCGUGGAGUCAAAUGCAGAAACGAACGCCUUGCCGAAGCGCUUAUGCGGCGAUUGGAGUUCCAAACUGAAGCUGCUGCGUCACGUCUCCACCGGCUCCUAUUUGGGUUUGCAUUUCGUGUCCGAUUACUCGCAUCACUUCGGCGGCUAUAAGGCAAAAACUUAUAUGGAAAAUACCGCCUCCGAAUGCGCCAACGAACGCUUGAAAUACUACAAUGGUUCCUGUUAUCUGUUCAUUUCCUAUCCGGAAGUUGAUUGGUGGACGGCGCAGCAAGUUUGUCGUGGCAUGGGCGCACAACUGUCGUCGGUGUCGUCCGCGGAUGAGCACAGAUUUAUUACAUCGAAUAUACGCAAUCAAAUAGACUAUUCGCCGCAGCUGAUAUAUUGGCUGGGCGCCGAGCUGGAGAAAAGCGGUCAAUUUGAGUGGACCGAUGACACCAGAAUGAGUUUUCAGGGCUGGUUACCCGGUCAGGGUCAAUUCGAAGAACUGCCCUCGGACGCCAUCUGUUUGGGUCUGCAAUGGAAGAUGUCACCAACGCCAAUGCUGCCAUCGGGCCUCUAUUGGCAAUCGCAAAAAUGCAGUAAAGUCGGCGGUUAUGUGUGUAAGAAGGCAAAGGAUUCUUUCGGUACAUUUUCCGCCAACAAUCUAACUAUAACGGGUGCUGAGGGCAGGCUGGUGUCACCAGCCUACCCCAGCACUUAUCCAAUUAAUCUGGACUAUUGGGUGCACAUCAAAACACCGGAACGCACCCGCAUAAUACUGCAGUUCCAGAAGAUCGAUCUCGAGCCACAGGAUGAGUGUCUCUACGAUUACGUUAGCAUACAAGACUACGAAUUAGUCUCGCACAUAACAUUGGAGCCCGGCAGCAAUCCACUACCAAUGGCCAUGCUAACGUCAGAAGAAGAGCCAACAUCCACGGACAAUGAAGUGAGCUUGGACGCAUACGACAACAAAUUUAGUCAAAGACCAAAACGUAGUUUAAGAAGAAAAAAGCGUUGGAGCUACACGACCACCACCAACACUGCCACAAAUGAAUAUACACAGCGAGCACAUGCGAAGCAAUAUGAGAGUAGCAAACGAACGCACAAUGGUAGUCAAUAUUUUAGUAGAGAAUUGCUUGCAAGCAGCAGUUGGAUGAAGAACACAGCCGGCGGUACAAUAACAAAAUAUCAAAAUCCUAAACAUCGUCGACGAAAAGCGAAAAAAUUGGCGCGACGCAAACGUAACAGUAUUUUAGCGGAUGGUGAACCAUUAAUGGUGUCACUACCUGUAGAUAAUGCACAAUCAUUCCUGCCAUAUGUACGCUGGUGUGGCACACACACCGCCAACAUGUCGAAAUUCGACUUUGUCUCCAGCUCCAAUGAGGCCAUGCUGAAUUUCCACAGCGAUUAUUCGGUGAAUGGCAUCGGCUUUGCGGCCACGUGGAAGGCCAUCGAUGUGUCGGGCUGUCCACUACAGACACUCACAUCACGCGAAGGCACUGUCAUCAGUCCAAAUUAUCCACAUUUUUUACUCAACAACUUGAAUUGCGCUUAUGUGAUACAAGCGCCGGCGGGCAGACGCGUCUGGCUCGAGUUUAGCGAGUUCGAUCUGAAAGUGGAUGCAAUCUUAGAGGUGGAUCUUGGUAGCGGUCUCCUGCGGCCAUUUCAUACCAGAGCACUGCUGAGUGAGGGCUUAUUCGUCAGUGAACGUGAACAGCUGCGCAUCCAAUUUCGUACUGGUCAACAUCCGCGCGGCAAAGGCUUUCAAGCGGUCUAUCGCACAGUGGCACCGCUGGAACGUCGUGAGCGCAUCAUCAGCUUGCAGAACAAUUCAAGCGGUUAUCUCUAUCAACUGAAUUAUCCACAUGCAAUGCCGGAGAAUGUGGACUUUACGCAUCAUUUGGUAGCACCAUUCGGCCAAAAUAUCUUGUUGGAACUGCAUGGCGUUGAAUUCAGCGAUAAUGGCGGUUGUCCGGAUGGCGGUCUUCUAGAGGUCUUCGACAACUACGCCGACAACAAUGGCACAAAAUGGCAACUCUGCAAAUUCCAACCACCAACAACGCUUCCGCAAACCGGUCCACCGUUACACGCAGCAGAGCGUCCCAAUGUGGCCUAUGACUAUUUGCAACCGCAGGACCUAUUCUACAGUCGCAGCCAUUCGAUGUUACCACCUUCUAAAUCGAGUAGCAGGCUUCAGCUUAGAACUGUAUCGACCACAGCGCCACCUGUGUACAUAACCUCAUAUUUGAAUACGCUGCACAUACGCCAACGCACAGGCCAGCACUCGAAUACGUUGUUAAAUGCAACUGUGACCAUACAGUGGGACAACACUUACAAAAUGAAAUUGACUGCUGGUGAAAAGACCGUCGAGUCAUGCCAACCGAACCCCUGUCAGUUCAACGGCAAAUGUGUGCUCAAUAACGGUUCGAACUACUGUCAGUGCCAGGGUCACUAUACGGGAAGAUUUUGCGGCUUGAAUAUUUGUGAGCUGGAACCAUGCGUAUUUGGCAAAUGUGAGCUGACUACUAAUAGCUUUAAGUGUCAAUGCCAGCCUGGUUACAUGGGUCACACAUGUGAGUUAAAGCAAAGACCUUGUGCCGAGAAUCCUUGUGAAGGUCGUGGCGCUUGUUUCGAACGCAAUGGUGGCUACUUUUGUCGCUGUCACGCCUGGUGGGAAGGCGCACGUUGUGAGCGUCGUAUGCUGCAUAUACCCUAUAAACCGUUAUCGGAACGCAUGUUGCAAGAACCAUUUUGGUUGGGUUUAAUCACGGUUUUUGUUGUAUUAGCUGUCAUCGGUUUGGUUUGGUGUGCGAAACGACAUUUUCCGGAGAAAAUCGAAAAACUACUCGCUGAGGAAGCGGAUCGUAAUCGACCACCUGGUUCCAUACAUGGACAUCAUCAUCACACAUCAUUACGCGAGCAAUUGCAAUUUACAACUGCCAUACCACAGUCAACCGGCAAUAUAGCACCGGGCACACAGCGCUCCAUAUUCAACAGAUUGGGUAUCAGAAAACCGUCACUUUUGAGCCUCAGCAGCCCCAAUCCAAUACCCGGAGGGGGAGGGGCAGCAGCGCGUACAUUUUCACUUGACGAUCUAUUACGACCGCCACCCCGACGUUCGCCAUCGCCACGCAAGAAACGCAACAACUCAACGCCGGUGAAGAAAAAUGCUGCCGAAAAGAAACAAAUAUUACAACAACUAGUCUCACCGGCAACUAAUGUGGACAAACCGAAAGUGAGCCUCGGUGAGCUCAUCAAUAUGACGGAGAAUCGUUUGCGUGCUUCGACCGGUAAUGUGGACUCCGAGAGCGAUGUUAAGGAGACUACAUUCUCAGAGAACUCCGGAUCGCUGACAUCGACCAAUGUAGCGAAUGUGGCACGCACAAUUACCGAUCCGAAACUGGAGAAAAAGGUAACAUUCGCACGAUUGCUGAAUAAAGUAUCGGCCGAAAUGAGCUCAGGUUCGGAUAUGGAUAUUGGACAUAUGACGAAUACACGGAACUCGAGCGCCCUCAGUCUGCCCACUGAUUUACAGUUUCGCGCCAGCUCAGUGCCUCCGUCACCGUGCACAAACGAUAUACGUUCACCGCACAGCACCUCAUCGAAUCAGGGUAGCGACUCACUAUCCAGUUCCGACUUAGCACUCACCGAUUUCGGUUUGCGUUCCAUGCAGACCAGUGGCAGUGAGAUCGGUGGCACAAAUCACAAUGCCCAUCUGACGCUCGGUAUUGCCGCUGGCUUGGGCGGACCAUCAUCACGUAGUCGUAUCGGCACAAUCGCACGCCCGAAAGUCUCCAGUGCCGACUCCAUUUUAGCUAUGUUCCGUAAUCUUGCUUCCUCCUCAUCAUCAAAUGCAAAUGCCAAUGCAAUAACAACUGCCUCAAGUACCAACACAAACACUGCUAACAUAACGCAUAGCGCCUCUGUAUAUGUAUCACCAACAACAACCCCAACCGCUUCUAGUCCACAAGAUGAUGCACCCGGCGAUGAUGAGUCUUCGACCUCGUCUAUGCAUACACCGGUUAGUUUCUCGAGUGGUCCACCCGAUUCGCCAGUAUUCUAUCGUCAAACCACAAUUGAGGUGCCCGUACUCGAUGUUCUUAAUGCGCACAAAUCUUCAUCGACACCAUCGUCAUCGAAUUCGUCAUCGUCCGCGAAUUUGUUGCACCCACCGACCAUUUUGCUAGAGAUACCCAGCAAUGGCAUAAAUAAUAAAUGUCUCUCGCCCAUACGUGAGAUGCCUACACCGAUGCCAUCACCAGCACUCACACCGAUUAUGCCACGGCCGCAACGUUCAAAUAGUCCGAUAUUCCAAGAAGAUCCACUCUCGAUCGGUGAUUACAGCGACGAUGAGCAGAAGAGCAUACGCAGUGACUGCAGUGAUGAGCAAAUGUCGGAGAAGAUUGUACUGGAUCUGCAUACGGGUAAAACGCAUGUCAUUAUUGAUAGCGAUGUGGAGACAACACCCACUGACACCGCAACCACCUCAAUGGCUGGUCAGAACCGGGGAGGAGCAGAUUUACUGAAUAAACUACCGCUUUUGAAAUUCUCACCACCGACGCCGACAACAAGCGGUCUCCAAGCGACUAAUAGCGAAACGAAUGCUGGUGUAGUGGCUUUGAAGCCACCAGCGAUUGUCAUCGAUGUGGAACCGCCGACACCGGAGGAGAAAACACCACGACCACGUGAUCUAAUCAUACCAACAUUGACGGUGGAACAUCCGAGUCCAACGCGAAAUCGUCAUCCGAUGAUCAUAUUCCCGGGAUCACCGCCACCGCAACGAGCCAGCAUAGGUGAAACCAGUUUUAUGUUUCCAAAUAAGCAACAACAAAAAAGGCUCUUAAAACAAUUUGAAAAACCGAACUCGCUAGAAUUUCCCUUCGUACCGCCAAUGAUUACCGUCACUUCCAAUAUGAGUGAACUGGAAUCGGAUACCGAGCCAUUGUCACCGGCCACGAAAACCGGCAAUCCAGGCGGUUUGAUGCCACCAAACCCGGUUGGUAUGUGCUACCUGAGUCCAUUCACGAUGUGCAGUCGUGCGGAUCGUACCAUCUCCGAAAGCAAUCUCAGCUCUUCCGGCUAUUCGAGCAUGGCCAGCCCAGGUCCGAGUCGUUGUGGCUCUAGCAAUCCAUUAUGUCCCGGCGAAAUGGAUGAGCCAGGCAGCGGUCACUCCGGUGGCGGUCUUUCCCUGCAUGUAAAUCUUUUGAACCGACGUAAAAACUCCGCUUUAGCCAGCUGCAAAGAGAACAUUACAAAUGGUAAAAGUGCGAGCACUGAAAGUGGCGCCACCGGCUGCAGUACCGAUCAUUUGCAUAGACCACGUUCCGAUUCUGAGACUUUCUCGGAUGAAAUCAUAUUGGAGUCAAAUGACGAAGGCAUUGGCACCGACCACGUCGACGAGCGAAUGGAUGAUUGUCGCUUGAGCAGCAAUCGCUUCAAAACUCUAGGCGCUUACAUGGCCGAGCACGUGCUAAUCGAGGUGGAUGAACCACAACAAACGGCAAACACGAGCAGCGUCAGCAGCACGGGCGCAACCAAUCAAAUGGCACAGCUGCAACUGCCUUCUAUUGUGAUACAAAUCGAUGGUAACGAAAAGGGUCUGUCGCCGGUGUCGUCACGUUCGGAGAGUCCGCUGAGCGAACGCGCCAGUAUGGGUCGCUUUUCACCACAUUUCUAUGGACGUAAGGAUCAAUUGCCUUUCACCGAUUCAGAUGGGCUCUACGACUUUCCCUCGUCCGAUGGUAAAGGUGGCUCCUUUACACAUCAGCGUCGCAGUAGCAGCAAAAAGCGUGAACGCAAAUCAUCAAAAUGUUCAGCCACACAAUCGCCCACAAAGCAACAACUCGACAUACCGAGCAAGGAAUCGUUGACGGCGACCACGACACCAAGCAGCAGCACACAUACUUGCAGCAAGCAUUGCCUCUCGCAUCAUCAUCCCUGUCCAGCUUCGGCUGUUACCACACGGAAGAGUCCUAAGAGACGACUCAAUAGCAGACCACCGGUGGCGAGCAGCUCCUCCUCAUCGGAGAGUCUUGUGUCGCCCAAAGAGUUGGCGGCCUCACGACCGCUGCCUCGACGUCUUAAUUCUCCGAAUCGUGAGAAGCGUCCACGGAAGCAGGAGAGCCUCAGCGAAGAAGAGGUGGCCGAUGCUUUGUUACGUCGUAUCUCACCCAGUAUUGUAAAGGAAGACACUGAAACUGUCAAACCGAAAUGCAAAAUAAAUCGUCUGCGUGCGAUCGGAAAUCAAAUAAGAUUUUUGCGUCGCCUGAAGAAGUCUAUCAAGACACGUGAGCGUUUAGCUUCACCAUCGGACAGUUGUCCUGAAGAGAAUACCGACGAUAUGGACUCACCACAGGCCACAUCACCGCUGCUACAACCGGCGUCGCCCAGUAAGACCCGCAUCGCGUUGUGUCGUCAAAAGCGGCUGCCUAGCGGUACCUACGGCAUCACAGCGGCGGCACUCAACUCAAGCAAUUGGAAGGGCAUGGAUCGUAGUCUCAUCGGUGAUGAUCUGAAUAGUGAUUAGACAGAUGUCACUAGAAUGAAAUCGACGAGUUGGUUGUAUUUGGCACGUGCCCAAAAAGGGCGUGGCGUAAGGCUGAAAUUUACGAAUAUUACGUAAUAUUUAAAUGUAUUUAUGCAUUACUAUAGUGUAAAGUGUAGUUGUAUAGAUUGUAGCUUAUCAAAAGUAAUUAGAAAUAUUUAAGUGUAGUUGUUUAAGUUAGUUAAAUAUGGAAUUGAUUUUUCGUGAAUGUAAUGCAGUGGUAAGUAUAUAGUUAGUUAUACAUAUAUAUAUACAUAACAUAUAUGUUUAAUUAGUAGUAAAUAUGCAUAAGUAACUGUGCCCAGUACUCAGUACCACACUCACUCAAACACAGCUGCAUAUGUGAGAGUACAGUAUUUACAAUGCAACUCACAAGCUGUGCUGUGCGCCCUUACCGAGUAUAAAUAAUCACGCCUAAGCCCACAUGUAUGUAUUGUAUGUACAGUUGUAACCGAAGCAAUAGCAUUGCAAAAGCAUUCUAAAGUCACACUUGAGCCACACGAAAUCCUCAAAGAUGCUACAUACAUAUGUAAAUAGUUAUUUAUGUAAGAGUCUAGUAUGAUAAUAAGUAUUUAAGUUAAGUACUAAAUUAGAUAUUAAUAGGUGAAAUGUGCUCAACAAUUUGCGCUGUGUUAAUUUUGUUUGAUGAUAAACUAACACAAAAAAAAAACAAGAAAUUAGAUAAAAAAAGAAAAAUAGAAUGCCUGGUGCCGCAUGUUGUGCGGGUAUAAAAAAAUAAGUACGGUCUGUAUUAUGGAUUUGUAAUUAAUUAAAGAAACAAAAAUGUGUAUUAAGAGAAAAAAUAUUUUACAAAUUUUAUUUACAUACAUAGAUAUCAUUUUUGCUCUCAAUAUUUUUACAAAUUUUCCGUCAGCGAAUGGCAGUACAUUAUUAUAAUAUAUUUCAUAAGUAACCCGUGAAGGAGCUCAUUUAUAAUACCAUAAUUCCAUAAUUUUUCUAACUUUAUCGAGUGUGUUCAAUGUCAAAUCAUAGGGUGGCUACAUAGCAGAGCACAUAGCAAAGCGGUCAAUAUUUGAAGAAGCCUGCAAAAUAUAUACUGGAUUCUAACUAUUGUCAUCUAAAUGUUUUGAAGACUGCCAAAACUUUUUUUUUUUAUUUAAAAAGCAACAAAUUUCUCAAAAUCGGUUCAUUUUGUACUAACUUCUUCCAUCUCUACUAUAUCAUCACAUUCAAUGGGUCCAAAUAUGAUUGUUAGAUGUCCCACACUUUUCCUCGAUAACAUGAUUUUUUAAAAUUGAAUCGGUUUAUUAAAAGCAGCAAACCGAAAACCGAAAGGAUAACUCGUGCUCUACCUCUUAAGGGGUUAGGGGUAGUCGGGAUUUUCAAAAAAAAUUUUUUUUUUUCAUUUUUGUUAAUUGUAAUAUCUUAAAAAUAUUCUCCGAAAAUUUCAAGUUGAAGCGAUAAUUACAAAUAACAAAGAAAGCUCAGGCACUCCAAAAUGCGUUAAAUGCGUUUUUCUCAACACCAUGUUUUUUGAACUGGUGGCAACAGUAACUCGAAAACCACUCAGUAGAUUUUAAUGAAAUUUUUACAGCUUUUAGAAUAUUUAAUCCUUGGCCGGAUGGAAACUUUUUUGUUUUUCAUACAUUUCGAUUUUUUAAUACCAAUUACCUGUUGAUUUUUUCCCGAAAAUCUCGAAAAAAAUUUCCUGAAGCCGCCAUUAUGUUAAGGGGCUAUACCAGUGUGACAUUUUCAAAAAAUUGAUUUUUUUUAUUUUUUGCUUAUUCGAUAGUUAAUACUAAACAAUGACCUACGAUCUUUUUGAUUUGAUUGGGUUUUGAUUAUCAAUUUGGCAUUAAAAAAACUACAAUUUUUAACCUAAAAAAACGAUUUUUUUUAGAACUAUGUCAUUUUGUUAAUUUUUGAUAUUUUUGAGAAAUCAUAGGUCAAUGUAUAGGAAAUAUCUUCAGCUUUAAUACCGUUUUCGAUUUUUUUUUUUGUUUCAGCUACUCAUUCGGCUGCAAUCAUGUCAGCAGUUGAGGAACUUUUUUGUUUUGGUACCUCCCAAGACAGCACAUAACUCCGUUAUUUUUCAAUAUUUUUGUAAAAAAAACUCAAAUAUAGCUGAAAAUAUGCCUUAUUAUGUCCAAAAAACUUUGAAACAUUCGAUCGAGUACUUUCUUAAAAAAAAAAAAUCACGAAAAACGCCUCAUUUUUCAUGGGUUACACUGGUAUAGCCCCUUAAUAAAAAAAAAAUCGAUCAAGCCCAGGAUUAUCUAUUUAUAAUUCUAAUUUUUCUCAUCCGAUUGAUUUAGGAUGAAUUUCCAAGGAUUGUCACCAUAAGGACCUCUUUUGGAACUGGCUCAACGCCAACAGCUAUAAAUUUAGAAAUUAUAAUUUUUUUUACAUUUUCGUGAUUUGAAGUCAAAGCAUGCAAUAUUAAUAGCAAAAAAAAUUACUGAAAAUUCUAAUUUUUUCGUGUCUUUGACUACCCCUUAGCCCUUAAGUAUAAUCGGCAACCCUCACACAUUAUAUUAUAGUCUGUGGAUAGCGGAACCAUAUUUUAUAAUCUCAGUCAAGAGAUCUCGGUAUGGUUCUGAAAAAUGUGAAGAGUGCAUUUAAUUACCCUGUAGCUCCUGAGGGUUUGAGAGGAAACAAAUUCCGGUUGAGGAUGCUCCGAAUUGGCGAACACAUGCAGUGGUUGAUUAAGGGAGCAGCGAUUCCUUUUUUGGGAACUGCUUUCCUGAAUGCUGCGUGUUGAGAUUUUGAUAGCUUACUUUUCAAGAAGCUUUCGUAAUGCUCCACUAUCUGUUUUUGACGCUUAAUUUCUUCCUCAUUAAUUGAGGUCCUAGCCGCCUGAUCCUUUGCUAUCUUACCUAGUAUAAAGACUGUCAUCUGUGUUGUUUUUUGCGCUAAUUCUCUUCUUUAGAUACUAGUGCACUGCGGUUGCUGCACAGGGCAGCUUCGGAGGUGGAGUGACUGCUGUCAAUACCAGUUUCUAUGGCUAGUACAUCCGAUAGAACUCUAAAUCGUUUCCUGACUGGAGGCGAGAAGGUUCUCUUCAUAUGAUUUGUGAUUAAAUCUGUAUUCCGAUAUGUCAUAGUUUUUGUCGAUGUUCCUCUAAAGUAUACUUUAGUCACAAAAUUAUUAUUUUAAAUAUAUAUUUUUAGUUUUUCAUGACAACUCCAUCUUUUUUUAAUAUUUUUUAUUCAUAGUUCGUAUAAAAUAUUCCAAGCCCAAAGCAAUAUAAGUAGUUAAGAAAACAUGACUAUGCAAUAUAAGGAAAUAAAUUAAUAAAUCUAUGCAUAAGUUAAGAAAAAUACGAAAAUAACUAAAAAAUGAAAAUCUCGAAACGAAACCAAAUAAAUUAUAAACAUAAGCCAGUAGAUAAGCAUUAAAAAGUACUGUUAAUGCAAAACUGUUGUAGUCCUAAAUGUGUUAGGAUUAGACAUAACGUACAUAUAUAAAUAUUAUAUACUUAAGCCUAGCACAAAGUUAAGUACAGUUUGACAUUCACCUAGUUAUAUAUUCUAUUUGCAAAUGUAGAUAUUUUAGAUUACAUGGAAUUUGCAUUCAAAAAUAAGUUUAAUGUAGUUAAUAAUGCACUUUGCAAUUAUACAGGGUAUAUACACCCAUAUAAAAUUAUGAAGCCCAUCGAAGAGAAAAUAAAGGCGCCGCGAAUGCUUAUAAGUUAUUGAUAUUUUUUUUUUUUUUUUGAGGUUACUGAGUUGUGUUUGUUUAACAAAAAAAAAAAAUAAUAAUAAUAGUGCGGAUCGUAAUGAAAAGAUAACACAGGCCAACACUCAAUUUGAAUUUAUCAACUGAUUCUAGUUAAUUUGGCCGCGCUGAAUUCAAAUCUGUAAUCAGUUUGUCUCUAUCAGCUCUAGUCUCAUGACAUAGCUUUUUUAUACCCUCCACUUAACUUAUGACCUGACAAUAUAAGUCGAGGGUACAAAAAAGCUAGUUCAAAGAAAUUUUUGCAUUUUAUUUUAUUUUCAUUAAAUUUAUUUUUAUUAUCAAAUUUUAAAAUAAAUUUUAACCGAAAGUACGAAAAAUAUUCAGAAAAAAUAUUUCUUUUAUUUUUAUUGAUAUAUACUAAAAAAUGAAUUUCAUAUAUAUAAUAUUUAUGUAAAUGUUUUUGUAAUCCUGCAAACACUACAACAAAUACAUUAAAUGAAAAAAAAAAUCAGUUCAUUAGCUCUCAUUUCUCACACAUAAUGACUAGACGACUAGGCGUAUACGCAACAUUAAGGCAAACACAAAAAAUUGAGUAUGUAAGUGCAAGAAAUAAUUCUCUUUUCGCGUUCAGAUUUUAAUGUUAAGCAAAUUUUUGAUGAUGGCUUAUUGUAUUGAGACUGAUUUUGUAAUAAAAUAAAAUAAAUAAAUUUAAAAAUAAAAAAUAAGCGAAUGUGCAAUUGGCGAAUGCUAAGCAAUUGCAAUACAAAAUUUAAUGAAAAAAUAUAAAUUAAUCAAUUAAAUGUGAAUAGUUGUGAAAUGAUUGCAAUAUUAUUUUGUGGUUAAUUAAAUUUAAAUAAAAGUGAAAAGAAAAAUAUUUGCGGUUAGUUGCAACAAUUUAUGAAAUUAAAAUUUAGCAUAUAAAUAAAUUAAAUAUAUGUAUAUGUAUGUAUAAUUAUAAGCUGUUUAAGUAUUUAAACUUUAUUUGUUGUUAUUUGCACACACAAGAAAAAAAAAUAUAUAUAUAUAUAUAUAUAAAUAUUGCAAUAAAAAAGAAGCUGCAAGCUCGGCUGGCAAUCACAUAUAUAACUAAGUUGUUGUUGUAUAUUUACAACAAAUACAAAUGCACACUACCAAAUAGCUAGCUAGGCAAAUAACUAAUAAAUACACAAACACAGACAUAUACUAUUCACAAAAAACAAAAUUUUGCAUUCAAAGGUAACAUAACCUAAAAUUGCUGCAACAACCACAUUCAUGAUUCGAGUUCUUAAUGUGAAGAAGAAGAAGAAAUCUUUCAGUUUAAGCUAAGCUCACAUGCGUAGCUGAGUACAUGAGCAUAAUUCAAUUUGCUUCUAGAAAUUAAAAAAAAAAAAACAUGAACAAGCAACAUUAAGGGGUUAUAUACAGUUAGACGGCCGAAAAAAAGUGAAUUUUCCAGAAUUUUUUCCGAGAAAACUUUUUAAUUUAUUGAUCCAAAAAUUUAUACACAUAUUAUGGUAUCUUUUAACUGUAUUUUAAGACUUAGUUUUAGUAAAAAUAUUUAUUUGAAAAAGAGCUACAGCUGAUCUCCAGGAGCUCCUCUCAAAAAAGACGUUUUGCGGUGACCACUAUAUCUCGGAACUGGAUCAUCCGAAAUUAAAAAACCAAACAGAUUUCGUUAAAAUAAUGUUAAAUCUAGUAAUCAAUCGAAGGAAUAAGCAAAAUAAAAUUUUUUGACAAAAUGGCGGUUUCUCAAAAAAAAAAAAUCGAUUUUUCACCGAAAUUUCGGCCUUAAAUUGUUUAUAAAAAAAAAUAUUUAUCGGAGAGAAAAAAUCUACGAUUAAUUACUAAAAAAUAUAUUUAAGAAGGUCGUGUUAAAAUUUGAGACUAAUCGGUCUAGCCGUUUUCGAGUAAUGUUGGUCACGGACUUUGAGAACACCAUUUUGAGAAAAACGCGUUUAAAGUUUGGACCUUGUACUUAAAAGCACUCUGAAACGCCUUUUCAAAUUUUUCAUUUGCUUGUAACUUUGAAAAUAUUCACCGGAACGAUAUGAAAUUUUCUGUGUGUAUUCUUAAAUAUAUGUACAUUAAGAAAAUGAAAUAAAAAAAAUCGAUUUAUUGAAAAUUCUAACUGUAUAUAACCCCUUAAUCCGAUAAGCACACAGCCUUUAGAAUAAAGCGAAAUUUCGCUUAAUUUAUUUUGAUUCGAUGAAUUUUUAAACAUUGCUAUUGUUGUAGUAAAUAUAUAUUUCAAUAAAUUUUUUAACAACUUUCGUGCAAAAACACAUUAAACACCUACACAUACAUAUGUACAUACACAAAUUGUACUAUAUACUAAAUGUGCGUGUGUAUUAUAUGUAACUAUUAGAUAAAAAAAAUUCUGUGAUAAAAGUUUCAAAAUACGAUCCUUGCAGAAAAUUAAACGGGUAUUAAUAACAAAAAAAUAAAAAUAAAAAUAAACCAGCAACAACACUUUACACAACAUUUUAUGCUUCUACAUAAUCUAUACGAGUACACUAAAUGAGCAAGUCUAAAGGCAUCCUAUAGUGAAAGUAACAAACAGAACAAAAAUAACAGGAAAAACUAAAAUAAUUUAAACAACUUGUUGAAAUAGCUCAAAACAUCAGUAGAGGCGAAUGACAUACAGUUGCUAGAAAAAGAAAUGGGACAGAGCGAUAGCAAAUAUUUAUUUUAAUUGCAGAAAUAUAAUAAAUAGUUAUGGAAGGAAGAUUUAUGAAAGAUGCAAUGCAAUACACUCAUCAGGACAUUUUAUUUUUAUCAUCAAAAAUUUUUCAAAAAAUAGAACUAACCUAACUGAAACUAGAAGUUUUAGGUUAGCUUAGGUUUUAUGGCCCCCUGUGCCCCAAAAGGAAACCCACUUAGACUAUGAAAGAUAGAACCUUGUGAAGCCAGAAUCACAUCCCUUGGUUAUUAAGGCUCGACGAAGCGCCCUGAACCUACUACUGCAAAGAUUUUUUAAGGCUCAAAGACCAAUUCUGAGAAUUAUGACGAAUGUAAAUAUUCAGAUUUCUUAUUUUUUUCUAAACAAUUAUUUAAUUUUUUAGUGUAUCAAAGCUUCAUUCAGUAAUAAACACUUUCAAGUUAAGCUCAACCAAAGAGCUUUCAUAGAGCUUUUCUUUAGGGAUGUUUUUGUGAAAGUUUGUACAGCUCUCAGUCACUACUUUGGAGGAAUAUAGUUAAAAUGCGUGCUUUUUGAAAGUGGAUAAAACUAUUAAAGAUAUUUUAAAAUAUGUUUCUUAAAGAGGAAAGUCCAUUCAUCGUCCAAAAAUCGAUUUUUUUUUUUUUUGAUAAACAGAAAACAUGAAGAGCGGAAAAACAAAUUUUCGAAUAUUCACGAAGUUAUAGGUUGUGUUAUGGAACGGACUUUGUAUUCUAAAGAGCGCGUAAAUCUAAAGGCGAUUAUUUCGAAACUACAUUUUUGAAAUUUAUUGACCGAUUUCUCUGAAAUAUGGUGAGGCUUCUCUCUACAUUACGAUCGGAAGGUUAAACCUAAAAUUUCAGAAAUUUUGCGUUUAAUAAACAUAAAAUACCGUUUUGUGGUCAAAAUUAGCCCUUCUAGUCUUGUUAUAUAUUAAAUUUGUAUCCUUUUAUUUUAAUUUUAUAUGUUUAUGCUUUCCGUUAAUAUGUCCUAAAAAACAGUUCAAUUUUUUUUUGUUUCAUAAGAAUGGUUGAUGAGUGAUAAAUAGAACAGUUUGGGAACUCGUGUCGUAGGCAGCAGACAAAUAACUAUAUUAAUCCUUUAAUCUAGUGUUAAAGUUUAAAAACAAUAAAAUUUUUUUUUAAACGACUUUAAAAAUUUGUUUAAGAAAUUACCAAUUUUCAGGCUUUUACAUGGACUUCCCCACUUUAGAAGUAAUUGAUGAUGUAUUUGAUAUAUUUCAUGAUUAUUGACGGUUUUUCUUUCGGAUAAGAUUUUCAGCAACUUCAUGUUUUUUUUUCAAAACCGAUAUCGUGUCCCAUUUCUCUCACAAGCGACCGUAUGCCGAUAGAGAAAGCACUACAUACUACUGCAUACCUGCAUACAUACAUACAUACAAAUCUAUGAAUGUAUGAAAUAAGUUCACUGCAAUUUCAAAAGUGGUAUCUUAAAUAGUGAAACAAAACUAACUAAGCUAAAUAUAUAAAAUUAAACUAAAAUUAUAUAUUUACAAACAAACAAACAAACAAAAUAUACUAUAUACCAUAUAUAUAGCUAAAAAAAAAUCGAGUACCCGUUCUACUAAUUGUGACAAAUGAAGGCGAAACUAAA